GAUCGCGAUCUUAGACACACGUUACCCUCGAUCAUUCAGCAGUCUGAGAUCGGUAGUCUGCGUGUAUAGCUACGUUUGGGUGUAGACAGAGACGUCCUACGAUCCGAACGGGGCGUGAAGGUCAGACCGGACGGCCAUGGUCACGAGACGUCGCAUGACUACGACUUCAAGUUCAUCAUGCUGUUGCAAUCGACACCCUAUCUCGUCUUUCUCUCGCCUCCUCGCAAUUCUACUCGUCGUUCAACACACGAAGCUGGGCGCCGCGUCGGCGUCGCCAUUUCGAGUCGACAAUCCAAUAGGCAAUGGGUUAGACUGUGCCGACUGUCCGUCAGGAAAUGGACGCGCGGACGAGAUUUGUGCGUGUCAACCGUGUAUUGAAGGACAAACGUAUUCUUAUAAAGGCUAUUGUUAUCAGUGCCACGAGUGUCCGCCUUUUGUGAUUGUUCUGAGUCGUUGUAAUGUGACUAGUGAUAUUCAGUGUUCAUGGCUGCAUUGUAGUGACGGGCGGGAAUGGGACCGUGAGAGACUGCAGUGCGUGACGGCAUCGCCCGUCGCAUCGACGACACCGUCCGUCGCCGUCCGACGGUCUCCGCUCGUCGCGAGUACGUCGUUAGAAACGCGUACACGUCGGUCUACUACAUCUGUGGCUAAAACAAGUGACAUCAGUCGGCCAGCUACUAGUACACCCGUCCGUCCAUCCUCACGCUGGGAUACUCCGGAUGAAGGUGGUGGAAGUGAUACUUCGGUGAUGUUGAUCGUCGCGGUGACUACGAGUUUGUUUGUACUGCUGGUUUUGACCAUUGUUGGGCUCGUCAAAUGGUGCAAACGGGCACCCUCGCAUCUGCCCAGACCCACUCCAGAUACAAUUAAGUAUGUUUGCGAUCUACCAGAUGAAAUAAUUCUUAUGGUUGGCUGCGAAUUAGCAAAUAAGAACAACCCCGCAUACUUCCAGCAGCUGUUAGCCGAGCUCGGUGCACAGCGGGAAGUCGGAAUGAAGCUAGAGGUCAGUUUUUUUAGACACGUCGAUGAUUUCAGUCGUGCGCUGUUUUACGAGUUGGAAAAAUUCAAACCGCAACUGACGGUCUCUGACUUUUGUGACACUCUGAAGGCACUCGGUGCAGUGACUCUUGUACGCGACAUUCUCCAGUGGGCCAAAGAACUCAGACUGACACUCGAUGAAUACAACAAUUUGGAUGAAGCAAUAGAGGAGUCUGUAAACCCUCAGAUGAUUAUAUCUCAACAAGACCCCCAGGACGACGCGUACUCUCACACAGGACCGAUUCCAGACCCAGACCCACCGAUGAUGGGUAAUAAUAUAAGGCAUUCGUCGCAGAGCACUCUGAUCUCAGUUGUCGAUGACAGUGAGUGAUUUUCUAGUGGAUGUCGGUCUUUACUGUGUGUAGUGUACAUGUAAAUUGUUGUACAGUUGUGUGACUACCAGCCAUUGAUGGCUUGACUACUAGUAGUGAACUGCCAGAUUUGUUGCGUGUAUCUGCACGUUUGUAUUAUGUUGCAUUCUUGCUGCCCCCCCCCAAAUUGUAGGAAAAAUUGCAAAUGGUUCCAUCCACAAGCACGAGGCUGUGGCUACUCUGUCUCGUGAACUGGAUUUCUAAGGGAUUUCGUCGACUUUCAUCUCCAAG